AUGGAGUCGCCACAACCAACGCCGCUGCCAUCAUUAGCUGCGAACAUCCAGAGUCUCUCCGGCAGGAAGCGGCAUCAACCUGAGCUGCUCACCGCAGCGGAGAUGGAGCUCGCUAAAGCAGUCAGCCAAGUUGAGCGCCGCCGAGAGCGCAACCGCAUGCACCAGGCGCGACACAAGCUGAAGCAGCAGAAGUUCACCCUGCGGCCCGCAGGCUCUUCCCGCAGGCUGCGGGAAGAGGUCCAGGAGCUCACACUCAAGCGACAGCUCAUUCACUACGGAGUCCCAACGACGUCGAACGUGUGGAGUGUGGCGGCCGAGUUCUUCCGCCUCUUUCGACGCAGUGUGCGUCCAGUCGAGCCGCCGAACGCUUUGACACCGUGCAACAACUACAACGCGCAGCGGGACUUCCUCAAGUCGACCAUGGCAACGGACGUAACGGAUGGUGAAGUGUACGGGGUCGAGGCGUUGCUGGAGACCUGGGCGCUCCAGUCGGUCUGCUAUGACGAUAUCGAUCUGCAGCCUGUGCGGUUGGAGGAGAGUCCCAGAGGCUCCGUGCUGGCCACCACCAAGGGCACGCUCACAAUCAACGAGAACACUCUGCGAUUCGCGUUCCCACAUCUCGUCGACAGCACCGAGUGGUCGAAUCUCGCAGUGAAGAUGCUAGGACAGCGACUAGCGCUGCGCGGCUCCGUGGAGUUCGAGUGGGACGCCGCGAGCGCGCGCGUGACCAGCAUCGUGUGCAAGGCGGACAUUUUGACGCCGCUGCUGCAGCUCUUUGGCAGUUUGGACGACGUGUCCCGCGUCUUCGAGCAGGCACAGCUUACAACGGAAGGCAGACUCGUCUCAAGCGGAGAAGGGCUUGAGUGUGCUAGGUAG